AUGCCGUGGCACCCUCAUCCUCUACUCAGACUUAGUUUCGGACAUCUUAUAGUAUGCGAAGCUUGUCAUCGGAUACUAGGAGAUGGAUAUUUUUGUCCUCGUUGUAGGAUGGCGGUUCAUGAAAGAUGCGUCUCAGUAUUUGAAUCACCAGAGAUCACUCACCCUUCUCAUGUCAGACACCCUCUCAAGCUUCUCACCGACGGAGCUCCAAACUACACAGACCUCAAGUGUCAUAUAUGCGGAAACCACUCGGAUAACUUGCUUUACCAUUGUGAUAUCUGCAAAUUCAACUUGGAUCUUUACUGCGCGGUUAGAUUUCCCAAACCAGUCGCUCUCACGGAGACGAAGGUCCAUGAGCAUACUCUCACACUCAUGCCAAAGUUGAUCUCCUUCGUUUGUGAUGCUUGCGGCAUGACGAAAGGCGAAGGUGCUCCUUACGUCUGUCUUCAGUGUGAUUCUAUGAUAUUCCAUCAAAAGUGUGCUCGUUUGCCACGUGUCAUCAACGUCAAUCGCCAUCAUCACCGCGUUACUUACACAUAUCCUCUUGGCCAUAGGGACCGGAGAUGUGGGGUUUGUUUGGAAGCGAUUGAUUGGUCAUAUGGGGCCUAUUCGUGUUCCCAUUGUCCUGAUCAUGCUUUUCAUUCAACAUGUGCAACAAGGGCUGACGUGUGGGAUGGGGAAGAACUUGAUGGAGUAGCCGAAGAGGUUGAAGAUAUCGAGCCGUUCAAGGUGAAUGACGACAACACCAUAACUCAUUUCUCUCAUGGAUUUAACCUGAGCCCCCUCGACAAAGACGGUGCUGCUUUGGAGAAAAGCAACUUGUGUGGAGCAUGUGUUCGUUCCAUCGGUUCUAAUGCAUUCUACAAAUGUUGGACUUCAGAUUGCAGUUUCAUCCUCCACGAAAAGUGUGCUAACCUUCCUAAGAAGAGACAGACAUUUUUUAAGCCCAAAACCUCUCUUUCUUGCACCCUAUUCACGAGAUAA